UAGCCCUGUAUCCCAAUGGAGAUCAGAGAAGAGAUGUGUCUGAUCACAUUUCUCUGUAUUUGGUAAUGGUUGGAGAUAACAUUUUAUCAACUACUUCAGAGGUUAAUGCAGUGUUUACUUUUCUUGUUUAUGAUACUCUCAGAGGCAAAUAUUUGACAGUCCAAGAUGGGAAAAUGAGACGAUUUAGUGCAACCAAGACAGAAUGGGGAAUUGAAAAGUUGCUUCCACUUAACACUUUCAAGGAUGCUUCAAAUGGUUUCUUGGUUGAUGAUUGCUGUGUAUUUGGAGUUGACAUUUUUGUCAUGAAUUCUGAUGUUGGGAAGGGGGAGGUCUUUUCCUUGAUCGAGCAGCCAAAUAAUUACAAAUAUACAUGGAAACUCAACAACUUUUCAAAACUAGAUUCAUCUUUGAGGGAAUGUAAUCCCUUUACAGUGGAGAACUGCUGUUGGAAGAUACGAUUGUUCCCUAGCGGAGAUUUGCAAGCGAAACCAGGCUUCUUUUCCAUGUACUUGAUGUUGACCAAUUUGAAAGAGUUUCCACAAGGUGCUCAAGUAUAUGUGGAAUAUGAGAUGGCUGUAUUGAGUCAACUUGAAGAUGUACCACCAAUAAAAGAAACUUAUAUUUGUUGGUUUGGAUUUGGUGGUAUAGAAGCUGACAAAGGAUGUGGUGCUUCAAACUUCUUGUCAUUGAGCGAUCUCAAAGAACCAGCGAGAGGAUAUCUUCUGAAUGACACUCUAGUUAUUGAAGUGAAAAUUAAUGUCAUCUCUACCUUGAAAAAAAUUGUAUAGAAGUCACAUUAAAGCUGCAACUUCCAGCAUUUGGCUGUUCUUUUUUGUGGUUAAGUGUAUGGGAUUUCUUGUUCAAUGUUGCAUGGUUCUAUAGUUUAGGAAUAUAGUUGAUAGAAAAAUACUAUCAUGUUCUUUGUGUGAGGUCAAAAUGGAAUUCCAAACCAAGAAUGU